CUCACACACACACACACACACACACACACACACACACUCACACUCCAGAGUCCCACAGGGGAGUCGAGCUCAGAGCUGCAGCAGUUUGUGGAGAUACAAACGGUAGAACACACGAUGAGGGUCCGCCUGCUCCCUCUGAUAACAUGUCUACUGUUGACAUGGAGCCAUUCAAACAUGGCAACAAGCAGCACUCCAUCCACAGCAGCAGACUCCUCCUCACCUACACCGACUUCUACAAGCAACAUCACCACCGAUAUCUCUCCUAGCACCACCGCCAGUACCUUAGCAAGCACCACUAUCAGCUCCACUACAGGAACCUUACCAAGCACCACCACAAGCACCACCGACAGCACCAGCACCACCGUCAGCCCCACUGACACCACCACCACCUUACCAAGCACCACCAACAGCGCCCCCCACAGCACCACCAACAGCACCUCGAACAGCCCCACCGUCAGCCCCAACAACAGCACCACCACCUUACCAAGCACCACCAACAGCGCCCCCCACAGCACCACCAACAGCACCUCGAACAGCCCCACCGACAGCCCCAACAACAGCACCACCACCUUACCAAGCACCACCAACAGCGCCCCCAACAGCACCACCAACAGCACCUCGAGCAGCCCCACCGUCAGCCCCAACAACAGCACCACCGACACCACCACCACCUUACCAAGCACCACCAACAGAACCCCCCACAGCACCACUGACCCAACCACCGUCAGUAUCUUACCAAGCAUCACCAUCAGCACCACAGCCAAUACCCUACCAAGCACCACAGACACCACCACCGUCACUACCAGCACCAUAAGUACAACCCAAAAGUCAACACUGGAUCAGGACGGACACAAGUCGGAAGCGCUGAGCUCAGGAAGCAUUGCAGCUAUUGUCUUCUUGUUCCUUAUUAUCGUCCUUGUAGUGCUGGGCGGACUGUACUACUACAGGAUCCGACGGGCAUCCUAUGGUCGUCUACAGGACAGAGAAUAUGGCAAUUUGGUAAACUUCCCCAACCCUAUGUAUGACCCCUGAUGUCCUCCGACUCUGGAAGUGACACCGACAGUCCUCGGUCUGCAGAGGGAGCCGUUUGAAUCCAGUGUUGUUAUCGUGUGUAAUUGUGCAAUAAGUUCUGCAACAUUACUGUGAUACCUGAUUCGAUGACUUGACUGCACUCAGUUGCAAAUGUUUUAUUUCCAUUGAUCUUUGUUUUCUUGAGCUUCUGAGCUUCAGCUGCAGAGAGAACGAGCCCAUUAAACAGAGGUGAAGGGAUUCUCUCACUGGACAGUUGUACAAAAUGUGAAGACGUGGCUGUAAAUGUUAAGACGGGGGCGAACUGACAAUGAAGUGCAAACCUUUCCUGUUGGGAUCAACAACACUCAGACUAAUUAACGUUCAGUGGAUUCACAUCACGUGUGAACUUGUUCUCGUUUUAAACUUUCUGACUUAUAACUUACUUGAAAUAAUGAGAUUCUGCUCAUUUGAAAAUAAUCACUUAUCGACUUAAACUUAAAUGACGAGACAAAGCUCGAGUAUCGGAGAACACACGUAUCUUUUUAUGCCAAGUUUACACUUCGUGAGUUUCGACCUGCUUCUUUUACUAACUGACAAAUUUUUGGAUCGGAGCCAUAUCGGCUCGACGGCCGAGGUGAUUGGAGAAGCUGCCGACGUGUCACUUCCUUUGACUUGAUUUCUAGCAGAACGCUGCAGAGAGACGGGCCUAUGAAAAUAAACGGUUCAGGGUUCGAGCCUCGUUCAUUUAUCCUGCUUAAAAGCACAACCUUCUCCCAUUGUGAUCCGCCUCUGAUCAACUUCAACUUAAAAACAGACUUUCAUUCUUAAUUGUUAUUGGUGAUAACGAUGUUUGCUUUGCUUUGCAUUUCUGACUUCAAUUAACUUAAUAUUUAUAGACUAUCAUUUAUUUUACAAACUACUGAUUGAUGGCGUGAGGGUUUAGAUGCCUUUGUCUAAAUUUCAUUGUUUGACAGGAUUGUGUUCAAUAUUUUCGUAAAAUAAAAAGUGAUAAAAAAUAA